UAAACACAUCUCGCUGGGCUGACGCAGCCUUGCGGUUCUGAUUUCCUUUGCUGAGCCCGGGCCUCAACGCCUUGAGGAGCUUUUUCAGGUUAUCUGAGAAGAUCCGGGGUGCUCAGCGCAUCCCGAAGCCACCUUGCCCGCGCCAUGUCCUGGAUGUUUAGGAGGGAUCCUUUUUGGAAAUAUUCGAUGUCUGUCCCGUAUAGAGCCCGUGAAAGUCCAAGACCUUCAUACCCAGGUUUCUUUCCAUAUUUUGAAUUCCCAGACUUUACCCCUUCAGAAAGCAGCCGAAAUAGUGAUGACCAGCAAGAUUUGGUUUUAUUUGGAAGUAUGAUUGGAGAAAUUAUUGGACUACACUAUUACGUAGGAAUUGUAAAUAAUAAUGAAAUGGUUGCUUUUCAACGAGAGCCUUAUAAUCCCUCUGAUAAGAAUACUAUUAAAGUAAAUAAUAUGUGUGGAAAUCAGGUUGGCCUUUUAAAGAGAGAACUUGCAGCUGCCUUGGCCUAUCUCAUGGACCACAGUUUAAUACAAAUAGAAGGGGUAGUCCCUUUUGGUGUAAGUAAUACUUACACCGUGCCCACCGUGCCUCUUCAUAUGACUUUCUGGGGAAAAGAAAAAAGUAGAAAAAUGGUUUUAGAUCAGUUGAAGAGACAUGGAUUUAACUUGGAUCCCACACCAAAAACUUCAGGAUUGAGUUUGGAGAAUGCAUGUGACUCUGGAGGAGCAGGACCAAGUAGCUCGGCUCAUGUUGCAGUACAGAUGACAACUGAACAGAUCAAAAUGGAAUUUGAGAAGUUAUUUGAAGAUAUAACCGAAGAUGAUAAAACUAUUGAAAUGGAAGCAGCUGAGGCUAUUGAAACACCAUUGCUUUCACACCAGAAACAAGCUCUCGCUUGGAUGAUUGCACAAGAGAACAACAAAGAACUUCCACCAUUCUGGGAGAAGCGAAAUGGCCUAUAUUAUAAUACAAUAACAAAUUUUUUUAUGAAGCAGCGACCAGAAAGUAUUCGUGGAGGAAUUUUAGCUGAUGCUUCGGGUUUGGGCAAAACUCUUACUGCCAUUGCUGUAAUUCUUACCAACUUCGAUGGUGACAGGCCUCUUCUCGGUGAAAGAAGCCGGAAGAAUGAUCCAGGGAAGGAAUACAAGGAUAAUACCGUUCAACUCAGAGGAAGUAAUACGAACAAAAAGGCAGACGGACACUCAGAGCCAUCCACAUCUAGUGAAGAACCCAGUAUUUCAGAUAUUCCGGAGAAGAGUAACUGUACCAUGUCAGAAUUGUCUAAUGCCUACCUUAAAAGAGUAAAAAUUACUGAGCAGCAUAUUGAAAGCAGUGAUUCAGGGGAAAUCGAGACAAGUGAACUACCCCAGCAAAUGAAAGGCGCAUAUAUGAUGGCGGGCUCAAAGAAAUGUGACACUGGAAAGAGGAUAAGAUCAACAUUGAUCAUCUGUCCACUCUCUGUGCUGGGCAAGUGGAUUGACCAGUUUGGACAACAUAUAAAUUCAGAAGUGGAGUUGAAUAUCUAUGUUUAUUAUGGUCCUGAUCGUAUUAGAGAUUCAGCCUGGCUUUCAACACAGGAUAUUAUUUUGACUACCUAUAAUAUUUUAAUUCAUGAGUAUGAACUAAGUCUGCAGACUAAAGAUGAUGAUAAUCCAUUAUAUGGCAUAAAGUGGUUAAGAGUGAUGCUGGAUGAUGGCCACGCCAUACGAAGUCCAAAUGCUCACCAGACAAGAGCAGUACUUGCAUUAGAGGCAGAGAAAAGAUGGAUAUUGACUGGUACUCCUAUCCAUAAUUCUUUAAGAGACAUGUGGGCUCUUAUGGCCUUUUUAAAACUUCAGCCAUUUAUUAAUAGAGAAUGGUGGAAUAGAAUAAUCCAGCGUCCUGUCACAAGAGGAGAUGAGGAAGGACUUAGGUAUUUACAGUCUUUAAUUAAAAGUACCACACUUAGAAGAACAAUGACAAGCAAAAUUAAAGGAAAACCUGUUUUGGAGUUUCCAGGAAAGAAAGUAUUUAUUCAGCAUGUUACUCUGUCAGAAGAAGAGAGAAAGGUUUAUCAGACUGUUAAAAAUGAAGGCAAAGCUACCAUUGAAAGGUAUUUUAGUGAUGGGACUGUCUUUGCACACUAUGCAGAUGUCGUGGGUCUUCUGCUUAGAUUGCGGCAGAUUUGUUGCCAUACCCAUCUUCUUACAGAAGGAUUGUCUUCAAGUGACCCCUCCAGAAGUGAUACACCUGAAGAACUGAGAAAGAUGUUAAUAGAGAAGAUGAAGUUAAUUCUGAGAUCUGGUUCAGAUGAAGAAUGUGCAAUUUGCCUGGAUUCAUUAAAACUUCCUGUGAUAACACAUUGUGCACAUGUGUUUUGUAGACCUUGUAUUUGCCAGGUCAUUCAGUGUGAGCAGCCACAUGCAAGGUGUCCUUUAUGCAGAACUAAAAUACAUGGAGAUAAUUUACUAGAAUGUCCUCCAGAAGAAUUGGCCUGUGACAGUGACAAAAAGUCCAACAUGGAAUGGUCGUCCAGCUCAAAGAUUAAUGCUCUAAUCCAUGCUUUGAUUGAAUUACGGACAGAAAACCCCAACAUAAAAUGUUUGGUUGUUUCUCAGUUUGCCUCAUUCCUGACUUUAAUAGAAAGAGCACUUGAAGCCUCAGGAUUUCUGUUUGUUCGCUUAGAUGGUUCCACAAUUCAAAAUAAAAUAGCUGAAUCAAAUCGUUUUAAAGCCACAGAACCAGGAUCUCCUAAUAUAAUGCUGCUGUCCUUAAAAGCAGGUGAACUCGGCUUGCAUCUCUCUACAGCUUCUCGUGUGUUCUUAAUGGAUCCAGCCUGGAAUCCUGCUGCAGAAGAUCAGUACUUUGAACGGGGCCAUCAACUGGGCCAGACACAAGAGAUUAUCAUCACAAAAUUCAUUGUGAAGGAUUCUGUUGAAGAAAAUAUGUUGAAAAUACAAAACGCGAAAAGAGAGCUUGGAGCCUUUGGAAUGAAGAAAAUAAACUCCAGCGAAUUGAAACAAGCUAAAAUCAAUGAAAUCAAAACUUUAAUUGAUCUGUAAUUUGUCGGGGUUUUCUAAGAUCAGUUUAAACAGAUACUUAAGUUUUACAGAUGAAAAAUACAGAUUUAAGAAUGAGAUCUAGGGCUGGAGCGAUAGCUCAGUGGUUAAGAGCACGAGGUCCUGAGUUCAAGUCUCAGCAACCACAUAGUGGCUCACAACCAUCUGUAAUGGGGUCUGAUGCCCUCUUCUGGUG